AUGGCUGAAAUCGCUGUUACUGCCCUCAUCACUGUGCUGUGUGAGAAGCUUCUCUCUGGUGACCUGAUGAAGCUGGCUCGAUCGGAAGGGAUCGAUUCUCAACUGAAAAAAUGGAGGAAAAACCUGCCCCUGAUCCAAGCCGUGCUUACUGAUUCAAGCCAGAAGCAUAUAAAAGAGAGAGCUGUCCAACUGUGGGUGAACCAUCUCCAGGAUUUGGCUUACGAUAUAGAAGAUGUACUCGAUGAUUUGGCCACCGAAGCUCUGCGACGCAAGUUGAAUCAAGAAACUAGUGCCAACAGCAGCACUAGUAAGAAACGGUUGGAGCAAAAUUCACUGGUUGAUGAGUCCAAAAUCAUGGGCCGGGAAGGGGAUAAAGAGGCAUUGAUGGGGAAGUUGUUGGGGGAAGAAGAAUGUGAUGAAAGUGUGAGCAUAGUGUCAAUAGUUGGUAUGGGUGGAAUAGGCAAAACCACUCUUGCCAAACUUUUAUACAAUGAUGAGAAAGUGAAGGAUCACUUUCAACUCAGAGCAUGGGUUUGCGUUGCUGAAGAGUUGGAUGUAUCUAACAUUAGUAAGGCUAUUUUCCAAGCAGUAACUGGGAAAAAUGAAGAUUUUGCUAAUCUUGAUCUGCUUCAUGUUGCCCUCAAAGAAAAACUUUCAAAGAAGAGGUUCUUACUUGUUUUAGACGAUGUCUGGAAUGAAGACUACAGUAAGUGGGAACUCCUCCAGAGCCCUCUUCUUGUAGGGGCACCUGGAAGUAGAGUUAUUGUCACAACCAGGAGUAUCAGGGUUGCAUCAGUGAUGGACUCGCAAGAAACUUACCCUCUAGGCGUUUUGUCAAAUGAAGAUGCACUGUCAUGA